AUGGCUAACAGACAAGUAGCAGCAGAAAAUGAAUGUCUUGAUCUCUUAUAUGGAUUACAGUUGUCUCCAACGCCCCAGAUACUAGAAACUGUGUUGCAAUGGACUAAACUAGAUAUAAGUCAUGCUGAUAUAGAAGACAGUCUACCUGAGUCCAUUGACAGGUGCAAAAAUGCUAAGCAUAUAUUAGCAGGGGGUAACAGGUUAUUUUCUUUACCACAGUCCAUAUCCAACCUGCCACACCUCACAGUGCUGGACUUAUACAGGAAUGCCUUCACAACAUUCCCCAUAGCACUCUGUCACCUAACUAACUUAGAAGAGCUUUACCUGAAUAACAAUAAGCUGUCUGAUAUACCAAAGGAAAUCGCAAAUAUGAAGGGGCUCAAAAUAUUCAUGCUCGAUCACAAUGCCUUAACGACAUUCCCCAUAGCACUGUGUGGCUUGACUAACCUAGAGGAGCUUUACCUGGGUGACAAUCAGCUAACUGACAUACCAGAGAAGAUCAUCAGGCUGGUGAGACUGAAAAAAUUCUGGCUGUAUAAGAAUGAAUACACUAAAUUCCCCAUAGCACUGUGUGGCAUGACUAACUUAGAGGUUCUGUAUCUGGACAAAAACCAGCUAUCUGACAUACCAACAGAAAUCAAUGGGAUGAAAGGACUUAAAAUAUUCUGGCUUUCUCACAAUGAAUUCAAAACAUUUCCCACAGCACUGUGUGAUUUGACUAACUUAGAAGAGCUGGACCUGGGUGACAACCAGUUAUCUGACAUACCUCCUGAGGCUACCACAAUGGACAAACUACAGUCAUUUGGUAUGUCAUUUAAUAAUAUAACUCACUUGCCAGUUGAGAUGAAGAACAUGGCAAGUCUAAAAGAACUAGAUGUGGUAGGUAAUCCUCUGCUACAACCACCUAUACAUACAGCCAAGCAGGGACUAGAUGCCAUCAAGAGGUAUUUUCAGGCCAUUACUGACACCAAGGCAAUCCAGUCAAGUAGAAUUCAGGUCAACUUUCUUGGUGAGACAGAAGCAGGAAAAACAAGCAUUUCAGGAACACUGCAAAGUGGACAGUCAACCCUCACAGAGAUGGUAGACAGGACAAGAGUGGUAAAGCAGGGAACAUGGGAGGCUGACCAAGAUAUUGCCUUCAAUAUCAAUGACUUUGGGGGGCAUGAGGUCUACAAAAUAGGACAUCCAAUUUUCAUGUCCAAACAUACCAGUAGCUUGGUUUUCAUCACUUUUGACCUUUCAAAAUAUGAUCCAGAAAAUGAGGCUCAUUAUCAGCUCUAUAUUGGAGACUGGAUUGACAAGGUGCAAGCACAGAUGCCAGGGAUACAAAUUGCACUUAUUGGAACUCAUCUUGAUGAAGCUGAAGCCCAAAGUGUGGAAACAAAAUGUUCUGCAAUAAAGAAACAACUCGAAGACCACAAAAACAAAAAUAAAAAGUGGUAUGAAAUACAAAAAGAGACUGUUGAGAAUAAAAUACAAGAAACAAGUGACUUCCCACCAGCUAUUCGCCAGGCUUACCAAGAAAAAGUAGAUAAAAUGCAGUCCUUGUCUCAUCAAGUUCAACCCAUCCAUGAGCAUAUUUUCAGGGUGAGUUCCAAAAACAUGAGUGGAGUUGAAAAUUUGAAAAAGUACCUCAUUGAUUUUGCCAGGGGAAAUGCUGAAGUUUUGCCAGGAAUGUGGGUGGAUGCAGCCAAGAACAUCUGCACCAAGAAACAAGAGGGCUCUGAGAACACGCUUGGCAGUACUUAG